AUGAGUCCAAACGGACGGGUCGUUAAGCGCCGGACUCUGAGACAAACCCAUCUCGUGUUCACCACAACUGUCCACAACAAACACACCGUUGGACUCGAUGUCAGAGUCAACAAACGGCUCAAGAGUUCGGUGACCACUGAGAAGACAGAGACCGAUGAUGUGCCAAAAGUGGUGACACUCGAUGACUCCUUCGAAGAACCCACUCAUCCAUCGGUUCCCGAAGUGAUUGUCAAGUCGGAGGACAGAGACUUGGAGUGCGAAGACAGUGAUUCAGUGACUGAGUUGAGUAUUGAAGACGAGUUAAAUCUCAUCGUCGACUGUCACGAAAACAUAGUAACAGUUCCCGCCCUCAAGACUCGACAACAGGUCCAAAGCGAUUGCAUAGCUUUGGGUCUCGACUUAGACAUCGAUGACUCGGGUGACGAGUCGGACACCGGGUGUGCCUCCAGUGGUGUGGACUAUGAAGUGGAGUCCAUAUAUGACUCAGGAGUGGAUCCACAGAAGAAUCGAAUGAUGUAUUCCGUGAAGUGGAAGAACUAUCCCGAAGAGGCAAACACUUGGGAACCGAUCGGCAACUUAAGCCAUUGUAAGAAACUGUUGGAAGAGUUCCGACACAUCCGGAACCUCGACGACACUCAACUGAUGGACUGUUACCACAACUACUAUAAACUGAAAGGAGUUGUCGAAGACAUCUGUGAGAAGAAGUUAGACAAAGACGUGAUGAUCACAUUUCUCAUCAAAUUCAAAGACAUUCCUCUCAAGACCUUCAACUAUUCCAAGGCAUCGGUCCAUAAGCUGCGAAUGGAUUUGAAGGAAAGGUGUGUUUCCAAAAUGGAUAAAAUCAGCGAAACCACCAAAACUGACAAACGGGUCCAUGAAAUGCAAAAUCUCUUCAAUGAAUUAGUGACUGAUCUGAACAUCAAUUCCCGUUUCGGCAGUUUUCAACAAUUCAUAGACUUCUUCACAAAACGAAAGCAAAGUAAUUAUAGACUUAAGAAAUGGGAGAAAGAGAUGAAUGUCAUCAUUGAGAAGGACAGGGAGGGACAGACCAUUAAGCUGGAGAACUAUGUGGACUGUGAGAUGAAUGUCAUCAUUGAGAAGGACAGGGAGGGACAGACCAUUAAGCUGGAGAACUAUGUGGACUGUGAGGUGCCGCCGCAUAACUUCGAGUACAUCUCGAAAUGUAAAACAAAUGACUCGAGAAUCACAAUCAGUGAUGACCCGCCCCUCUAUUGCGAGUGCAGUGACUGCGAGACCGGCGAGGAGGGCUGUUGUGUUGUAUCCAAUCAGUCGUCUAUUGUCUACAACAGGAGUGGCAUACUUAAGGACACUCGACACCUGCGAAACCCAUCGGCUAUCUAUGAGUGCAACAACAAAUGCAAAUGUAGUGACAAUUGCCUCAAUAGAGUCGUACAAAAGGGUCGAAAGCAUAAGAUCGCUAUAUUCCGGACGGACGACGACAAGGGAUGGGGAGUGCGAGCACUGGAGCCCAUACCGAAGGGCUCGUUUGUCAUGGAAUAUAUCGGUGAGAUAAUCACCAUAGAGGAGGCCGACCAUCGCGGGGCCAUCUAUGACGCCGGAGGAAUCACUUACCUCUUCGACUUGGACUACAAUGAAGAGGUGGACGGCUAUAAGUACGCGUUGGACGCCACCCACUCCGGCAAUGUCUCACACUUUGUCAACCAUUCGUGCGACCCAAAUCUGGACACACGAGUGGUUUGGGUCAACAAUUUGGACCCAUUUAUGCCACACAUCGCUCUGUUUGCCAUCAAACACAUCAAAAUGAAUGAAGAGCUCACUUUCGACUAUAAAAUCAAUGUGCAACGGAUUACCGCCAGUGCUAACGGUUCACAGAUCAGUUGCUCUGAAAGAAGUUUCGACUCCGGCUUCGAGGGGUCGACCACUGGUGCGAAGGAGACUCGAGAGGCAAAGACACUGGCGGUCACGUGUAGGUGCGGCGCUCACAACUGUCGCCAGUUUUUGUAUUCAUUGCCGCCGUCACAGACCUCUUAAUGAUUGGAUCAAUGAUUAGAUCAAUGGUUAUACUUUUACUUAAUCAUAAGUGUAAGGGAAUCAACACUUUUUGAAUUAUUUAUUUUGACACCAUUUUAAGAAUGAC